AGUGCGCAUGCGCAGAAAUCACUGUGAUUCCAGAACUCAUGAAUUCAUCCGUGAUUUACAGCCGCAGCUCCUCUUAAAGUACGCUAGCCUGUAUUUCUGCUGCGCCAUCGAGGACCAGGACAACGAGCUGAUCACGCUGGAGAUCAUCCACCGCUACGUGGAGCUGCUGGACAAAUACUUCGGCAGCGUGUGUGAGCUGGACAUCAUCUUCAACUUCGAGAAGGCCUACUUCAUCCUGGACGAGUUCCUGCUGGGCGGAGAAGCUCAGGAGACGUCCAAGAAGAACGUGCUGAAGGCCAUCGAGCAGGCCGACCUACUGCAGGAGAGCCAGCCUGAAGACUGGGGCGGUUUGGCCAAUGACGAGAUCUUAUAAGGGCUGGAGUCCCGCCCACUUGGGAAGUGUUGCUUUUUUCCACAGGAAGCAGAAACCCCACGCAGCGUCCUGGAGGAGAUCGGACUCACAUGAAGACCUCACACACACUCGCUUGCACACACUCACUCGCACACACUCAUUUGCAGACACAGAGCUGGCCACCUGAAAAUGUAGCACGCACACACACACACACACACACACCAUGAGAGGCUGGCCACAUGAAGAUGUAGCAAAGACACACACACACACACACACACACACACACACACACGUGUGCUUGGUUUGUCCACACAUCCUACUGUACAUAUACCCCCCCCACCCCAACACACACACACACUGUGGUGUACAGUCAUUAAAGUGUAGAAGCAGAGAAAGGGACUCGUUCACAAAACCAAAGAGUGUUUACUGUGUGUGUUGUGUGUGUUUGUUUGUUUAGAGCGUUCACACACACUCAUGUGCUGCUCAUCCAGACCCCGCUGCACUUCACACCAAACACACGACACUAAACACACCUGACACUGAGCUCUGUCUGCGUGUGUGAGCAGAUACAGCUCUGAGCUGCCAUUGGCCUGUGGUGAUUCAGUGGGCGUGUCCUGUUGUUCCGCCUUCUGGAGCUCCGCAGACUGUAAGAGUGUGUGUGUGCGUGCGUGCGUGCGUGUGUGUGUGAACAUUAUCUGCUCAUCACAUGUUCAUCAAUGUUAAACCGGGCCUGAAUAUUCUGGAGUAAAGUGUGUUUCUGUCUCCACUAACCUGACCGACCUCACUGCUAGUCCACUGUGUUAACCAGCUAACUAACUAGCACUGAGCACUGUUAGCUUCACUGUAUUAGCUGCGUCUGCGGGUAAGAUUAUUCCUCACUGUCAGUAUUGGUUCUGCUGUGCCAGUAUUGGUUCCUCAGUGUUGGUUCCUCUGUGCUGUUGUUGAGUGUGUGUCGUCCUCGUGCUGGUCUCGCUCUGCUGAACACUGUGUUUGAGAACUGAAUAAAUGUGUCUACAGGUGUUUA